CAACCUUAUACUUUCUCCAUCUCUCUCAUGCGCGCAUGAUUGCGCUCCACACUCCUUCCAUGCUCCUAUUCACGCUCCUUUGUGCUCUCGUGGCGUCCACUGCCGCUACUGCCGCUGCCGCUCCGCCCGAGGCCAGCGACGUCCUCGAGGGCAAGCCCGAGGGGUACUGCAGCCCCUCGGGCCCCAUCGAGGCGACCAACUGCGCGUACGAGACAAUCGAGGGGCUCAACACCGAGCUCUUCCCCGCCGUGCAUGACCUCGUCUCCCACCCCUUCUUCAAGUACUACAAGAUCGACCUGUAUCGCGAGUGCCCGUUCUGGAAGGAUGACAGCGGAAUGUGCAUGAACCGCGCGUGUGCAGUGCAGGAGGCCGACGAGGCCGACAUACCGGAGAAGUGGCGCGCUCGCGCACUCUCCGAGGUGCACCUCCCGGACGCGCAGGAGGCUGAGGGCAUGUCGGGUUGCUACUUCCGCAACGACGACUUCUGCGCGACUGACGACGAUGCCAGUCCAGGCGGCCAGUAUGUGGAUCUCACCCUCAACCCCGAGCGAUACACGGGAUAUGCGGGCGGCAGCGCCCACGAUAUUUGGAAGGCCAUUUAUCAGGAGAACUGCUUCGGGCUGAGCGAGGCCAGCAUUGCCGACGCCAAGGCCGGGCGAGGGCGCAGCGUUGCGCCUCCCACUUUUGGAAUGGGUCCCAUGGGCGGCGAUAUGCAGCGCGCAGGACUUGCGCCCGCCGAGACGUGCGAGGAGAAGAAGCUCUACUAUCGCGUCAUCUCAGGCCUACACGCGUCGAUCGCUACGAGCAUCUGCGCAAACUGGCUCGACCGCGAGACGGGCACCUGGUAUCCAAACCUCGACUGCUUCAUCUGGCGCCUUGCCAAAUUCCCCGAACGCCUCGGCAACGUAUACUUCAACGCAGUCCUGCUGUUGCGCGCCGUUGCCCGCGCAGCGCCAUACUUCCACGCGUACGAUAUCGCCAUCACUCCUCCAUCCCUGCGGUUGAAGGAGCACACGGCCCGCGAAGUCGUAGACGACGCGACACGCGCAUCCUUCGAGAAGGUGUUGGCAUUGGCAGAGCGCGCCGACAUAGCCUCCAGCUUUGAGGAGCGCGCCUUCUUUACCGACCCCGACGCGCCAGUCGUCAUGGACCAGUUCAAGAGCCACUUCCGCAACGUCUCCCGUAUCAUGGACUGCGUCGGGUGCGACAAGUGCAGGAUGUGGGGCAAGCUGCAGGUAUCGGGGUUCGGCACUGCACUGAAGAUCCUGUUCGCACUGGACGAGAAGGACUUGAAUCCCAAGACCAACCCGGACCUCCUGCGGCGUACCGAGGUCGUUGCGCUCUUUAACACGCUUCACCGCGUCGCUGAGACGCUGCACUCGGUCGCGAGCUUCCGGGAAAUGUGGGCUGAACGGAUGGCGCAGGAAGCCGAGAUCGCGGCCGAGAAGGCCAAGCCGGCCGGCGACGACGUGGCGACGACAUCCCACUCGUGGCUGGGCUCGGGGCCGGGCGCGCUCGCCACGUCCGUCCUUGCCAUUCUCGAGGCGGUCCGGCGCAACUGCCGCGGAUGCGUGCGCGCCGUCGCGCGCUGGCUGGCGGGCACGCGCAAGACCGAGCUGUAGUACUAUCAUUCAUCAUGUUGCACUUUGUUUUAGUAUGG